AUGUUGAAAAGUAAAUAUAGCAAUGAUGAUAUCAGUGAUGAUGAUUAUGUAAGGGAGCGGCAAAUAUCUUUAAACUCAAGAACAACUCAUAUUCGGUAUGAAUCGAAUAAUAUUGUUAAAGGGAUUGAUAAUGAAAUUAAAAAAAAAAUAGAAGAAGGAAAAAUAUAUAUGGGUGAUAUAAGUCCUAUAAAAAAUGCAGAGAUUGAAGAGGCAUUUUUAAAAAGCUUAUAUGACAAUUCUAAAAAUUCAAAUAAUAAAAACAAUGAAAAAAUAAAUAAAUGUCUAAAUAAAGACAAGUUAAAAAAAAAAAAAAAUGGAGAUAAUGGGGCAUGUAAAAACCAGACUAUAAAAAAAUAUUUCGUUGAAAAGGCAGGGUUAAACAGUGAAGAAAAUAUAAGGAGCAAAGAAAAUAUAGAAAAUAUAAGGAGCAAAGAAAAUAUAGAAAAUAUAAGGAGCAAAGAAAAUAUAGAAAAUAUAAGGAGCAAAGAAAAUAUAGAAAAUAUAAGAAGCAAAGAAAAUAUAGAAAAUAUAAGGAGCAAAGAAAAUAUAGAAAAUAUAAGAAGCAAAGAAAAUAUAGAAAAAAAUGGGAUAAAAGAAAUAUACGAUUCAGAAACACCUUCGGAAUAUCAUUCUUCAUCCAAAAGCAAAUUUAUAAACACAUUUUUUAACAAAAAAUUUACAAAUAAUAUAUUUGAUAUUAAUUCAUAUUCAGAUAUGUUCGAAAAAGAAACAAUUAAAUAUAUAAAAGAAAAAGAACGUAAGUUAAGAAAAAAAAAAGCACACGCAAAUUUAGAAGCAUUAAGAUUACAAUAUAUACCGAUAAACAAUGAUAAGUUUGCAAAUAUUCCAAUUAGUAUAAGAGAAAACAUAUUAGCAUUAUUUGCAUGUAUAAUAAUAAAGCAUGUAGACACAUUUGAUGAUCAAGAUAUGCAAAAUAGUAUAGAGGAAUUGUCUAUAAAAUUUUUAAAACAAUUAUCUAAUUUGCUUGAAGUUGAUCCAUUAGCUUAUCAAUGUGUUAUAAAACCCUUUGAGCAACGAGAAAUUAUAAGAGAAAUUACAGGAAAUAAAAAAAUAUAUCAAUUAUAUGAAAAACCAUUUGUUGAUAAUUUAUUAAAAGAAAUAAAAGAAUUACAACCAGAUAUAAAUCGUAGAUUUAAAAAUGUAGUAGAUGAAUUAAAUAAUGAAAUGGAGUUUUGGCAAAAUGAUGAUGCAGUAAUAGAUUCUUCUACUCCUAAACAAUCUAAUAACAAUAUAAUUGAUGGAAAUGAAGAUAUUAAACAUUUUUAUGGACGUCAUAUUUUUGAAAAUAAAACACAUAGCGAUUGUAAUAGUGAUUAUUGUAGUAAUAAUAGUGAUAUAGAUAAUAUAUUUUGUAGAUAUAAUAAUAAUGAUUCAGAUUAUUUAGUUGGAAGUUUUGUAAAAAGAGAAAUAGAUGAAUCAUAUAAUGCCGAGGAAAUAAAUGACUAUUUUUCACUACCAACAAAUACUAAUGAAAAAAAUGAUAAUAUAAAUAGCCAUAAAAAAUUUGAUGACUAUAAUUUCAAAGAUUAUUCUAGUAAUAAUCAUAUUGAACCCAUGAAUAAUAUUAAACAGGAAAAAAAUUAUUAUUAUGGAAAAAUAAAUCAGAUAAAUCAAGAAACAUAUGUCCGUUAUGAUUUGAUUAACAAAAAGAAUUUUGACGAUGAUAACGAAAAAUCAGAUCAUUCAUUUAGCAAGUAUACUGUGAAAAAGCCGAAAGAAAACAUGACUAGCCAAGUUGUAAUACCAAAGGUUUAUUCUUCAAUUAAAGAAUCUAACCAUUCCGAAGAAAUAAAACCCACCACAAGCAGAUGCAACUCGGCAAAUAUAUCUGAUUCUGUGAAACGAAGUGAUAUUGAUGAUGGAUAUAACCGAGCAAGUAGCAAAUGCUCAGAAUAUAAAAACAUAAUUGAUGAAACAGAUUUGAAUAAAAGUGAUAAUGAUAUUUGUUUUGAUGAUCAAGAAAAAAAAAAAAAUUUAUGGGAUAAAGUUGGAGAUGCAGCACAUAAUAAAAAUGAAGAAUUAAAAAGUAUAAAUGGAAAUAUAACAGAUGAUAAGGAAUAUAUAAGAAGCAGCAUAAAACACGAAAUAUAUAAUAAUAAUAAUAUUAUAGAUAACGAUGAUAUUAUAGAAAUGAGAGAAAUAGAAGGCAGUGAUGUAUUAAAUAUUUCAAAAUUAAAUACAAAACAAUCUAAUAGUAGUAUAGAAACAAUAGGUGAUUUACAUGAAAAUGAUGUAAACCCACAAUUAAAUUGUGGAGUUCCAACAAAAGGACCAGAAGCCAAAUCUGUUAUUUUACGAGAUUUAUUCACAACAUAUAUUAUGACUGGAAAUAAUAAUGCUAGAAUACAAUUAUAUUUUCAUAAGUUUGCAAAAUGCUUAAAAAUUAAUGAAUUAUUAAUUUUAAGAAUCGAAGAAAAUUUAGCUUCUGAUUUAAUAAAUGCAUUACAACCAUCUACAAAUGAAUCUACAAAAAAUAAACAUAUUCGAAGAAUAAAAAUAGCAGCAGCAGCAUUAGGGGGUGGUGCAUUAGUAGCUUUUACAGCGGGUUUAGCUGCCCCGGGUAUCGUAGCAGGUUUAAUUGCACUCGGCGCAGGAGGAAGUGGAGUUACUACAUUUUUAUCAACUGCGGGUGGACUAGCUUUUAUCGUUUCACUAUUUGGUGCAGGUGGCGCAGGUUUAACUGGAUAUAAAUAUAGUAGAAGAAUUGCAAAUAUAAAAAUAUUUGAAUUUCUUAUGUUAAAUGGAAAUAUAUCAAAAUCUUUAAGUGUAUCUGUAUGUGUAAGUGGUGAAAUUCAAACAGAUGAUGAUAUUACAUUACCUUGGAUGAAUGCAUUCCCAAGCUGCUAUUGUGAUUUAUACGCAUUAAAAUGGGAAAAUAAUUUGUUAAAAACUUUAGGAUCAUUAAUUGAAACAAUGUUAUCACAAGAGUUUGCAAUAACAGCUAGUAAAAUUUGGCUACAGUACACCCUAGCUAGUACUUUGAGUGCAGCGUUAGCAUGGCCAUUAGCUUUAAUAAAAUAUGCAUCUAAUUUAGAUAAUGUUUAUUUAGUAAUAAGAGAAAGAGCACAACAAGCUGGGCGAAUAUUAGCAGAGGCACUUAGUGAUAAAAAUACGGUUGGACAGAGGCCAGUUAUAUUAAUUGGAUAUUCAGUUGGAGCUCGAGUUAUAUUUUAUUGUUUAAAAUAUUUAUAUUCUAAAAAAUUAUAUAACAUUGUAAGUAAUGCUAUUUUUAUAGGACUACCUGCAACGACAAGCACAAAAAUAUGGAGCCAAAUCCGAAUGACUGUGACAAAUCGAGUAAUUAACGUAUAUUCAAAAAAUGAUUGGUUAUUGGGAUUUUUAUAUAGAUACAUGGAAUGGAAAUUAAAUGUCGCGGGCUUAAUGCCUAUCAAUGAUCCUGGUAUUGAAAAUUAUGAUGCAAGUGGGAUUAUACACAGUCAUUUAGAUUAUAAAAGAAAGCUGAAAGAUAUUUUCAGCUUGAUUAAUUUUGAUAUGUAA